AUGGGCAGACACAGGCACCCUGGGGGCCUCUCCACACUGAGGGGCCCGCCGUUGACUGAGGGGCCACAGUGCACCCUGCACCCUGCACCCUACAGUGCACUCUGCACUCUGCACCCUGCACCCUACAGUGCACCCUGCACCCUACAGUGCACCCUGCACCCCACAGUGCACCCUGCACCCCACAGUGCACUCUGCACUCUGCACCCUGCACCCCACAGUGCACCCUGCACCCUACAGUGCACCCUGCACCCCACAGUGCACUCUAGAGUGCGUCCUGCACCCUGCACCCCACAGUGCACCCUGCACCCCACAGUGCGCUCUGCACUCUGCACCCUGCACCCCACAGUGCGCCCUGCACCCUGCACCCCACAGUGCACCCUGCACCCUACACCCUGCACCCCACAGUGCACCCUGCACCCCACAGUGCACCCUGCACCCUACACCCCACAGUGCACCCUGCACUCUGCACCCUGCACCCUACAGUGCACCCUGCACCCUACAGUGCACCCUGCACCCUACAGUGCACCCUGCACCCUACAGUGCACUCUGCACUCUGCACCCUGCACCCUACAGUGCACCCUGCACCCUACAGUGCACCCUGCACCCCACAGUGCACCCUGCACCCCACAGUGCACCCUGCACCCCACAGUGCACCCUGCACCCCACAGUGCACCCUACACCCUACAGUGCACUCUGCACCCUACAGUGCACCCUGCACCCUACAGUGCACCCUGCACCCUACAGUGCACCCUGCACCCCUACAGUGCACUCUAG